AUGUUUAAAAUUACAUAGACUCAAAUUUUGGAAUGGGUUAAAGAUGGCAACGCUGAAACCCUAAGUACAUUUUUUGAAUAAAGUCUUCAAUAAAAUUAGAAUGGAUUGAAUUCGUUUUUCAAAAUGGUUGACAAAGAAAAACGAAAUGUAGUCCAUUGGGCUGCAUAUUUAGGCUAAUUGGCAUUACUAGAAAAAUGGCUAUCAUAGUAUUCAUAAAUCAUAGACCUAAAUCAGGUUGAUCUACACAACUACACUGCUGUAGAACUUGCUAGCAUAAAAGGGUAAGUGAUAUUAUUUCUAUUUAAAGUUUUAUGAAGGAAUAUAAUUCUUAACUUUAGUUUAGGUUGAUUAAGUUACUACUUGAUCACAAUGCCAAAUUGCCUACAGAAAACAAAUAUAAAAGAGCCAAUCCAUUACAUUGGGCAUAUUAUUAUGGCAAUUUAGAGUUAAUUGAAUUUCUCUUAUCUAAUUACUCAGAUCUACAAUAUUUAUUAGAUUAAUUUGAUAUGUAUCCAAUAGAUUAUUUAUUUCUUGAAAACCGACCUGAAGAAUAUCAGUAAUUGUUUAUUGAAAAUAUAAAAUAGGAAAAAAUACAAGGCGAUAUUUGUAAAGACUGUAUAAGAAUAUGCUUUAAAAAAUGAUGGUCAUCAAUUUAAAACUAUUAGGAAUUUAAACACUUAGAUGACUAUAGCAAUAGGAUCCAUAUCUUACAAAUCAAAUAAUUUGGAAAAUCCCAUUAUGAUUAAUGAUCAAAAUUAACCUUAAUUGAAAGAACCAGCAAAUGAAUUAGAAAGCAUAGAUUAAGAAAAUAAAUUGAAUUAGCAUCUAUAAUGUGGAUAAACAGCUAUGACUUUAAUGUCAAAAAUGUAAUAAACUAGUACAAUAUAAUAAAAAAGAGAUUCUAUCAGUUCUAGAAUUAGUUAAUAAUUUAAAUCUAUCUAAGAGAGAAUGAAGAAAUUACCUAAUAAGUAUGUGUAAAAUGAACUACCAUUUGAAGAUUCUUAAUAAGAUUUGAAUGAGCCAGAAGCAGAGAAGAUUCCCUCAGUAAAAAUUAUUUAACCUACAAAUACAAUCUUCUCUGAUCCUCAUUACAACAUUACAGAAAACAUUGAAAAUAAUAUUGGUUCUAAAAAUGAUUUAGAAAGUGAUCGAAAUUAAUUUAGAGUUUUGUUAUAAUAAGAUGAUGAAUUUGGUAGACUAUUUAAAUCUAAUAAUAUACCUUCUAGAUCUGAAUAAUCUAAAUAUAUGGUUUCACAAUAUUAAUAAUCAUAAGCUCCUUCUUAAUUUGGUAGACAAUUAUCUCAAGAAAUCUAAAUAUCAUAAGAUGAUUAUAGACCAUCAAUGAAUGAUUUGAGACCUUCAAUGAAAGAUUUUCAAAGAGUAAAAUCUAUGAGACCUUCAUUAAAAAGACCUGGAUAAAAGUUGAUUACAAGAAAAAGUACUACCUUUAAUGAGACUUAUACUAUAUAUCAUUAUGCAAAUAGUUAAACAAAGAAAUAAUUAUUUGAAUGUAGAUUGUAGUUUUGGUCAGCUAGAAUUGAAUCAACAGAAUUCUUUAGUUAUUUCUUGAAGCAGAAAUGCAAUCCAUUUUUAAUUUAAUAUUAAGGAUUCAAUUGUCUUCAUAUUGCAGCUAAUAAAGGUAAAUAUGAGAUUUUAAAAUAAAUUUUGGAAAGUGAAUAUGAAUAUUAGGAAUUAAAAGAUCUUUUAAGAUUACAUAGAUCUAUUACAGUAGGAUAAUUCUCAAAAACAUAUAUUAAAAAAGAUAUAUUUAAUAAGGUAAAUAUUUAUAUAAGUUUUAUAGGUUGAAGCAUUUAAUAUGAUGACAGAUUAGAAUCCAUCUAAUGCAUUACAUUUAGCAAUAGAGAUUAAUAAUUUUAAAUGUAUGAAAAUUUUAGUAGAACAUGGAGUUUCAAUGGAUGUUUUGAAUCAUAGAUGUUUGAUGCCUAUAGAAUUGACAUUUGAUGAAAAAAUGGUUAAAUAUUAUGAAAAUCACUAUCUUAAAGGUAAGGAAUAGAGUUUUAAUUUAAUGGGAUAUAUGUAUGUAAUUUAAACUUCUGGGAAUUAAGAUAUAUGUUAAGAUAUUGUAUUAUUGUAAUUAUAGAAUAUCAGAUAAUCAUUUUAAUAAAGAAAUAUGGAAUUUGAAUUUCUUAUUAUAAAUACUCCAAAUUAUAAAUAUAUGUAUAAUGGAAAAGAACAUUGUGUGAAACAUCAUUAUUAUGUAAUCAAGUUAUCAGCAGAUACAAUUUACAAAUUAGCAGAUAUCUAUUAGAUUGAAUGCUAUCAUUUUACAAAGAAGGUAAUAUUCUAAUUAACCGAUAUAGCAUUUAACAAAAUUUAAAUAUGGAGAUUAUGGCCAUUUUGAAUUUCCAAAACCAUUAUAAAUUCAAUAACUUAUAAUUAAUGUCUUAAAUGAAGAAUUUGAUUUAGAUAAGUUUGUUUUAGAAGGAUUGGUGAUUUCACAUUUUCCUUUAGAAGAUAGUUCAAAAUCAUAAAAAGUCAGUGAAAUGUGGAAGGAUCUUCAAUACAAUUGUAUUAGAGAUACUAUAAGAAUAAAAACUCAUUAAAUAGCAUUGAGACCAUUGAAUUCAAUAGCUUCUUAUUAUGGACCUGUUAUUGCUUGGUAUAUAGCAUUUAAUGUUUAAAUAGUCGGAUGGUUAAUUAUACCAGCUUUGGUUGGAUCAGCAAUCUAAUUAUAUUAAUUGAUUGCUGAUUAAAUUCAGUAUGAUAUAAUAAUAUUAAAGUGCUUCAAUUUUACCAUCUUAUGCUUUGUUCAUGUCUCUAUGGGCUACUCUAUUUAUGGAGAAGUGGAAGAACAGAGAAUCAGAACUCAAAUAUAUUUGGGAUAUGCAUAAAUUUAAACAACAAGAACCAUAGAGAGUUAUGUAUACAGGACUUUAUACUGUUGAACCAUGCAAAAAUAAAGUUGAAGUAUAUGACUCUUUUACAACUUUUAAGAGAAGAUUGAUUGUUGAAUUUCCUGUAAUAUUAUUAGGGUUUUCUAUUAUUUUGGUAAGUUUUCUAGCAUUUAAUUAAUGGCAAGGAUAAUAAGAUCCAUAAAGUGUUUAUAUGCCUAUAAUUAUAAAUUCAUUGAAUGGUGUUAGUAUGACUGUUUUAUGUGAUUUAUAUAAAAGACUUUGUAAAUUUGUUGUAAAUUGGGAGAAUCAUAGAUUUAAUUCUGAAAUGUAGCAUUCUUAUGUUUUAAAAGUAUUUUUAUUUGAAUUUUUGAUAUCCUAUAUUUCAGUAGUUUAUGCUGUAUUAUUUAAAACAGAUUAGACAUAAUUAACAUUAUCUGUUGCUAGUAUAAUUAUAACAAGAGGUUUGAUUUCUAAUUUAUAAAGUAAUUGUCUACCUUAUCUAUUAUAUAAAUAUUUAAAGUGGGGUUUGAAGGAUUAAUUUGAAACAUUUAAGGUUUUUAAAGAAUAAUUCAAGAUAUGUGAUAUGUAAUAUGUGAAGGAGAAAUUGAAAUAAGCUUAAUAGAUUGAAUUUAUGAAGUUGAUGGAGGAUAGUAAUAGUAAAUAGCCAUAAAAAGAAUUAUAUGAGGAAUAUACUAAUAUUGCUAUUCAAUUUGGAUAUACAACUAUGUUUUCACCUGCAUUUGCUGCUGCUCCAUUAUUUUUCCUGUUGAAUCAAUUUAUCAAUUUGCAAUUCUCAAUUUCAAAUUAUUAGAGAGUUUUAAAGCGAGAAGUAAGAUUUUUAAAUACUAAAGAGAGCAUAAGCUGCUGACUCGAUUGGCAUUUGGUUGUCCAUAUUUGAACUAAUGAAUUACUGUUCUACAUUUAUGAAUUGUCUUGUAAUAGGUAUAGUAAAUAAGGCUGAGUUUGAAGGAUUAAUAGGGGAUAGUAAUCCACUAAUAUAAGUAUUAGUAUUGGCAGCUAUUGAACAUAUCUUAUUAUUAAUAAAAUAUUUAUUAGGAAUAAUGAUACCAGAUUGUCCUUAUUGGGUUUCAAAAGAGUUAAGAAAAUAUGCUUAUUUUGAAGGAUAGAGUGCUAAAAUUCAUGAUAAUAGUGAGAUUAUUUUUUGA